AUGGUGUUAUGUUCUGAUGAUGAUCAUCAAUUACAAUCACUUUUUCAACAUAUGAAGAAUGAAUCAGGUAAUGACGAAACAGAUUUGUAUACAUUUGGACGUGUACUUUGCGAAAUGGGUAAAUUAGAUGAUGCUGAAAAAUAUUUUCGUCGUUAUUUGCAAGAACAAUCGAAUUAUAAUCAAAAUCUUUCUAUUUGCUAUUUUGCACUCGGAAGAGUGACCCGUUCGAAAGGAGACUAUGAAUCAAGUCUGAAUUGGUAUAAUAAAGCAUUAGAAAUCGUUAUGCAAAUCUUAAACUCAAAUAAUCCAAAUAUUGCUCAAAUUCAUAACGCUAUUGCUGCUGAUUAUUAUGCUAAAGAUGAUUAUACCAAUGCAUUGGAAUCAUACAAGAAAGCAUUAUAA